UGUAAUUACACAAUGUAAUUACCACAUAUUCUCACCUCCCACUUGAGAAUUGAAUAGUGUAAUUACACCUCUCCAAUUACACCCAAUUUUAUGCUGACUUAGUAAUUACUUGGCCAAACAAACAUGCCAAACUGUGUAAUUACAUCCAAAUCCAAUUCAACUUUCCAAACAUGCUCUUAAGAAAAAGAAAUAGUGGAAGAUGGAAAACUAAACGGAGAAGUAUAAAACAAUUAUUAGACUAUGAAUACUUGAAAUCUCAAGGGGAAAUAUGAAAAGUUUCACAAAAUGCACAAAAGAAGCUGUAGUAUAGUUAGUUUUGUACUUUCACAAGUUAAUUGCUACAUCUUACAAAACUAGUUUGAGCUUUCUGUUAGAAAAAAAUGCAGAAGAUUAAAGGAGAAGUAUAGCUUUGAGGCGUGAAAGAUCGCUAUCUUUCAAGAAAUAUUGCCCGUAUAUUCUUUAGGGGAUUACAAGCAGACUUUUCAGAAAAGUCACACUUCUAUGAGAACAAUUAAAGCCUGUGGUUCAGACUGUGGUUUCAUCCGGUUCAACUUAGUCAAAUCUACUCUUACUUCUUACUACAUUUUCAGUUUUCCAUUCAAAGUUAAAGACUGUGGUUCAGACUGUAGAUAUAUAUUGCUAAUUCCUGUUUGCAUUGUAAUUAACAGGGGCAGAUUUGAGUGACACAUUGAUGGAUCGGAUGGUGCUUAAUGAAGCUAAUCUCACUAAUGCUGUUCUUGUUAGAUCUGUUCUGACUCGUAGUGACCUUGGGGGUGCCAUUAUUGAAGGUGCUGAUUUCAGUGAUGCAGUUAUUGACCUCCUUCAGAAACAGGCACUUUGCAAGUAUGCUAGUGGGACUAACCCUGUGACAGGGGUUAGCACCAGAAAAAGUCUAGGCUGUGGAAACAGCAGACGAAAUGCAUAUGGAAGUCCAUCUUCUCCUCUGUUAAGUGCUCCACCUCAGCAGUUACUCGAUCGAGAUGGAUUUUGUGAUCCAGCUACUGGUCUCUGUGAUGCAAGCUGAAAAAAUGUUCAUGUACAUAAAUAUAUGCGGAAAGGAAAGAGUUCUGGAGGUUUACAUCUCCCUCACAUUAUGCGAGCAUAGUUUAACUCAGGCAGAAAAUAUAGGCUAUAUUUGAAGCAUGAUCAGUUCUAUUAUGUUGCAUGUAUGUCAAAACUGAAUACCAAUACUUGAAACCAUCAACAUUGUUGAUUACAACUUUGUUCUGCAAUUAAUUGAAAAAAUAGUUGAUCAGAAGGCCUUAAUAGAA